AUGAACUCUAAAUUUGAGGGUAGACCCAAGGUUGAUCUCUAUUAUAAUACGUAUAACCCUGGUUGGAGACAUAACCCCAAUUUUUCGUGGUCUAAAGGUGCCCAACAGGGUGGCGCAUCUAGCAACCCACCACCAGGUUUUCAUAGGAACCAAACUCAAUUCCAAGAACCAAGCCCAGUUGAUCAUAAGUUGACAUCUUUAGAGGAAUCCCUGAAACUUUUAGCUCAAAGUGUUGUCCAAAGCAACCAAAAGCUCGAUGACUUUGUCCUAAUGAGUCAGCGUAACCAGCAAAAUAAUGCCCAAGCUAUUAGCAACUUAGAAACUCAAAUAAGUCAACUUUCAAACCGGUUAAAUGAUAGGAAGAACGGGACAUUUCCUAUCCAAACGACUCCAUAUCCGAAAGGAGUUAACCAGGUUAAUAGGUCGGCUAGUUCUAACCACAAUGAACAUAUCAAAGCAGUUAUCACCCUUAGGAGUGGUAAAACUCUAGAGAACUCGGUAGAACCACCUAACGACAAAAGUACAGCUGAAAAAGAGACUGAGGUUGACCAAACUUCUUCUAAAGGCCUUAAUGGGCCUGAGUGUGCUAAGAGUCCAAGUGAGGAAGAUAUCCCUGAGAGAGUGUACACACCACCCGCACCAUUUCCUCAUAGACUCGCUAAGAAAAAUCCUAGUACAUAUGCUGAAAUCCUAGACAUCUUUAAGCAAGUUAAGAUCAACCUGCCUUUAUUAGAUGCAAUAAAACAUGUACCGGAUAUGUGCAAGUUCCUAAAAGAGAUGUGCACUGUCAAGAGAGACGCCAGUGUCCAUAAAAAUGCAUUUUUGACCCGACAAGUUAGUUCCAUAAUCUCACAAAAGUACCCAGUCAAAUUUAAAGAUCCUGGUUGUCCUACUGUCACAUGUGUUAUAGGUAGCCAAAAGAUAGAAAAUGCUCUUUUAGAUCUUGGGGCUAGUGUGAAUCUUUUACCGUUAUCGGUAUAUGAACAACUUGGACUAGGUGAUAUGAAACCAACUAGGAUAACACUACAGUUAGCCGAUAGGUCAGUCAAAAUCCCACGUGGAAUUAUUGAAGACGUUUUGGUUCAGGUAGAAAACUUUAUCUAUCCAGUUGACUUUGUCAUUUUGGACACUCAACUUGUCUUUAGUCAAGAUAUAAAUAUCCCAAUCAUCCUAGGUCUUCCGUUUCUAGCCACUGCAAAUGCAGUCAUACAUUGCCAAACUGGCCUAGUAGAAUUUUCCUUUGGAAAUCAGAAAAUCUCAGUGAACGUUUUUAAGGAAUUACAAGCCCCACCGGACCCCGAACACUAUGAGUCUAUAUGCAUGAUUGAUUCUCUAGUUGAGAAUACCUUUACCAUUAAUAGUGUUAGUGAUCCUUUAGAGGCGUGCUUGGCCCACUUGGGAUCCUACUAUGAUGAGGAUAGUCAUUUUGAAGAAGUUAAUGCGUUGUUUGAUUCUGCGCCAGUAAUGAAUUAUGGAAAAUGGCAGCGUAAACUAGAACCUCUUCCACCGACCAUAGAUAAAACCCUGCCAUCAUCAGUUAAAGCAUCUACCCUUGAAUUAAAGCUGCUACCAGAUACACUGACAUAUGUAUUUCUUGGUAGUGAAAAUACUCUUCCUGUCAUAAUUUCCUCUAACUUAAAGACCGAUCAGGAAAGUAGAUUAGUUCGUGUUUUCCGAGAGCACAAGAUUGCGAUAGGGUGGACUAUAGAAGAUUUGAAAGGAACUAGUCCUGCUGAUUGUAUGCACCACAUCUACCUAGAUGAGGGUGCCCAAACUUCAAAAGAAAUGCAGAGACGUUUGAAUCCUAAUAUGAAGGAAGUUGUUCGCACUGAGGUGCUCAAAUUAUUAGAUGCGGGUAUCAUAUACCCCAUCUCUGAUAGUAAAUGGGUCAAUCCUGUCCAGGUUGUCCCAAAGAAAUCUGGGGUUACAGCAGUUGGGAAUGAGAACAAUGACUUGAUACCUACUCGUGUUACUACCGGGUGGAGAGUAUGUAUAGACUACCGUAAGCUGAACUCAGCCUCAAGGAAAGACCACUUUCCUUUACCAUUCAUAGACCAGAUGUUAGAAAGAUUAGCUGGCCACGGCCAUUAUUGCUUCCUAGAUGGUUAUUCUGGUCAUAACCAAAUCCCUAUAGCACCGGAGGACCAAGAGAAAACAACCUUCACAUGUCCAUUGGGUACGUUUGCUUACAGGCGUAUGCCUUUUGGGUUGUGUAAUGCACCCCCAACAUUCCAACGUUGCAUGCUAAGUAUCUUUUAG